GCCUACACACUGUCUUACUUGUCAGCUCAUUGAUACGCCUGUACUUUCUGGAAACGGGCCGCGAUCGGCGAAAUGCACACUCUAUACUCUCGCUAAAUACAGGCAACCUCCAGCAGAAUGCUGGCUUUAGCUUGCGUAGCCCUUCUUGCAGCUGCUGGUCCUUGGAGCCUAGCGGACGCAGCUGCAGGGCGCGAGGAGGCGUUCAUUGGAUACAGCGAGCGCGCAGCUGAGUGCAAAGACCGGCUGGAGGACUGCCACGGAAAAGCAAAGCGUAAUGGCUGCAUCCGCGACCCCUAUAACAUGCGGACAUUCUGCCCAAUUUCGUGCGGGGUGUCCAAGUGCAUGUCGACGGGGACGCUGAAGGUCCGCCACCGCGGCUCGGUCACACAGGAGGACACGUCAGCGUUCGCCCAGCGCUGGACGGCGGGGCAGCUGGGCAAGCAGGGGGCCAGCGCGGGCGCGCACUCCCACUUCCGCAACAUCAUGCUAGGAGGCGACAAGCUGCAGCUGAGCUCUGUGGGUGUGGGCACCUACCUGGGCGCACUGGACGCCCGCACCGACGAGGCGGUGGCGGCGGCGGUCGUCUACUCGGUGGCGUCGGGCUGGAACGUCAUCGACACAGCCAGUAAUUACCGCUGGGGCCGCGCCGAGGCCGCUGUGGGCGCGGCUCUGGACUCACUGCUGGCGGGUGCGUCCGUGAGGGACUUCCUGCAGGAUGGCGCCUACGCUGCCGACGUCACUCGCGGCAUGCUGUUCAUCAGCACCAAGGCCGGGUUUGUGGAUGAGGCGCUGGUGCGACAGCUGGUCAAGGACAAGGCUCUGAGCCGCAAGGAGGUGGUGUCCGGGCACAGCCUGGCGCCCGCCUACCUGCGAGCCAGCGUGGAGGCCUCGCUGGAGCGACUCAACCUGCACACGGUGGACCUGGUGUAUCUACACAACCCGGCGGAGAUGCAGCUGCAGGCGCUGGGCAAGGCGGGAUUCAGGAGCAAGAUGGUGCAGGCCUUCAAGGCGCUUGAGGAGCUGCGGGCGGCGGGGUCUGUGCGCCACUACGGCGUGGCCAGCUGGGACUGCUUCCGGGUGCCGCCCACGGACGCAGGCCACCUCAGUCUGGAGGAGGUGGUGUCGUGGGCUCGCGAGGCGGGCGGUGAGAAGCACGGCUUGGCAGCCAUACAGCUGCCGGUGAGUGCCAGCAUGCCUGAGGCCUGGUCGCAGCCGUGGCAGCUGGUGGGCAACAACAGCGUCACCGUCAUGAAGGCCGCCGAGGAGCUGGGCCUGGCCGUGUUCACGUCCGGACCCCUGGGCGAGGGCGACCUGCUGAAGCGGCUGACGGGCCGACUGGACGGGGUGGUGGAGCUGCGAGGGCAGACCACCACCGCGCAGAAACUGAUCCAGAUUGCGCGGAGCACUCCCGGCAAGGCCAUGGCCACGGCCCUGGUGGGCCACAAGACGCGGGAGUUCGUGGUGUCCAACACGGCGCUGGCCGCAGUCGACCCCAUGCCGGAGUCGGACUUCCAUAGCGCCAUGAAGGCGGUGCGGGCCAUCAUGAGCGAGGGGGGCGCGGCGGCAGACGACGUGGGCGCCGACGCCGGUGGUAGCGGCGCCGCCAGCUCGACCUAGACAGCGAACGCAGCGAAUGGUGAUCAGUAUUAUUGGUGAACGGGUCUGAAAAACAGUAAUGGUGAAUGGGUCUUAUCAGUAGCGGUGGUGAAUGGGUCUGAUCGGUAGCAGUGGUGAAUGGGUGUAUUUAGUAGUAGUGCUGAGCGGGUGUGAUCAGUGGUAGUGGUGAACGGGUCUGACGUACCGUAUUGUGUGCGUGCGCGUGAUCUCUCAUGGCCGGACAUGGGGCCGGGUGGACAAGUGCGCCGUGGAUGCAGCGGAGGGGUUUGCGUCAGCAUCGACGGAAACCCGGACUUCCGUCUAUCUAUGGGCGGUGGUCGACUGCCGGUGGUCAACCGCCUUUGUGCAGCGCACACACCACACAUGUCGUGCUCGCGCAUGGAUCAGGGUCACAUGCCGGUGUGUACAUGGCAUACUGGCCCAAACAGGAAUGGUGUUGCCUAGUCGCGACAGUUUCGACCAUGCAGUGGCUUGUCCUUGCAUGAGUCCCAUCACAUUUGGGUGACACACUUUGCGCGUGUGGUAGUGCGGUAACAUGGUCGCCGUCUCUUUGUCUUGUCCACGUAGUCAUGUACCGGUAUACCGACAAAGUAAUCCUGCUGACUAUGUAUGUGUGUAGAACGUGUGUGUGGGGGGGGGUUAGGCUUGGGUUUUGGGACAUGCGUGAGCGGCCCCGCCAAGGCGGUCCACGCGGUUAUGGGACGUGCCCCGUGCUGUAAGCUGGCGGCGCAGGGGAAGAGCCUAUGAGGGAGGGGUGGCUGGGGACGAAUAGGGUUACUGGCAAGACAUUCUACGCGGUUGGCGCGGUUCGCAGCGUGGGCGCGUUGAGAGGCGGCCAUGUGCGUAACUGAUUGCGGCGUGAUCCGCAGCGCGAACAGAUUGUGAGGCAACCAUUUUGCCGAUUCGUGUCACUGACCUCCUGACCGCCAUGCACGUUUUCCUCUCUGACAAUCC